UAAUUACAAAUAUCGAUCUCAUCUCCUGUAAUUAAUGCUUGAAAAUGUACAUAUCUGUCUGUAUAACAUUGUUAACGAUUGUAUAUGAACCUCAUGAUUUGUCUGAAUGUAAUCAUCCCACCUCUUCAAAUGAAGAAUUAUUUGGAAACCAAUAGAGCUGUUAACAUUACUCAACUUGGUCCAUUGAGUCAU